AAACAACAAACAAGCAGAUAUUAAAUUAAAGUUUGACACAAAUAAGAGAAGAAAACAAAAUGGAUAACUACACAACAGAGUCUCUCUUGGAUGUCUCAUCGUAUCACUAUAGCAACAGCUGCCUCAUGGAUUAUGUGUCACUAAGCAACCAGGACAACAAUGUUGAUAUGAACAACACGCUCUGUGGAUCUCUUCUGAGAGAAUCUGUCGACAGUGACAUCAAUUUGGAUUUCAUGUACCCACUACAAGAGAUGAAAAUGUCUGACCUUGCUGCUAUGUUCUUGGAUGAGGAGACUGGUUACCGGGAUAACACACCUCUUGUAUCUACUACGCCACUUCCAUCACCUGAAGAAAUGGGUCCUAGCAUCUACGCUUGUGACACUCAUCACAAUGAUUAUAUCAUGGAUAUCUCACCACCAAUGGACUUUAACAGCCUAACACCAAACGUGGAUACAACUCUACAAGAUAUCACACCUACAAUCCAAGCCAACAUGAAUGACACUCUAUACCAGCAUAUGGUGGAUGACAUCAACAGAGAUGAUACCAGAGGUAUUCCCAACAUGGAGCCACAUCAGCGCAACACCAUAUAUUGCUCGCAGUCCACUGCUGACAACUCACUCCAAGAUAUCACCCCAACUCUCUACUCCACCGUGAAUGACUCCAUCCUCAGAGACAUGGUGAACGAUCUGAACACUGACUCUCAAAGGCCAUCACCAAGCUUCAAGUCUCCACUGCCAAUGAAACCAAGUCGCAAACCACGUACCUGUGUCUCCAAGGACAAGACUGCUUUCAAAUGUACCUACUGUGGGAAGAGAUUCACAAACCGUGCCAAUUUCACAAACCACAUCAGGGUCCACUCUGGGGAGCGACCAUACUCCUGUAACAUCUGUCAGAAGACAUUUGCCCAGAGUGCCACCCUCAAGACACAUGCCAGGACCCACACAGGCGAGAAGCCAUUCAGCUGCGAGUUCUGCCGUCGUGGCUUCAGUGACUACUCCACCUACUCCAAGCAUGUCAGGACCCACACCGGUGACAAGCCCUACAAGUGUGACACCUGCCCUGCUGCUUUUGCCCAGUCUGGGAACCUGAACCGACAUCAGAAGAUUCACUUGAAGGGAAACACCAGGAAGUCCAAGUUCAUGAGAUAGUCUACUACACACAAUGGAAAUUGAACAUUUAUACACUAAAUUGUAUACAACAACAUUUACAACAAAGUCAUUUAAUGCCAAAUAUAAUGAGUUGCCAAAUAUCGUAUUUUAUUUCUGUAUGAGAUUUUCAAUCAAAUGCAUGGACAUUUGUACACUUGUAUAUUUAUGUAUAUAUUUUUUAUAUCUUAACAAUGCUCAAUAUUUGGAAUAAAUAGAGUAAAAAUAUUAAAAAAAUUAUCUUUUGUUUUGUCAAUUAUUAAAGAUGAAAGUGUGUCGCAUUAAACAAUCAAAAGAAUAACUCACUAAAUCUCAAAAUGUUGAUCUACCAUUAAAAUGUGGUCACAUUAGCAUGC